UUUUAGAUCAGGGGAAUAUUUUACUAAUAUAUGAAGAAUUUUUUGAAGAAAUACCAAAAUUUUCAAAUAGUGUUAAUACCAGAAAAUAAAUUAUGUCUACAACUCGACUGGAAACAAAAAAAUCAAAUGACAAGGUCGAUGACGAAAAUGCUUGUGCUUCGAAAGUGACGAGAUCAGUUACUCUUCGAAGACCUGCAUCUGCAUCUGGAGUUCGCAGCAAGAUCCCAACUAUCGUCAACCAAAAUAAUCCAGGGUCAUUCAUGACGGACCCACAGUUAUCAUCAACUCCAUCACAUAAUAUUAAAGUUCUAAAUUCUCAAGGAAAACCUCUGCGACGUUUUCCUUCGCGAAAUGGUAACUCUUCUUUGUCGAAGAAUAAAAUUUCUCCUCUUCCUUCUAAUGUACAGAGACAUUUGGAAAACCAAUUUAAGAAUAAAAAAAAUCGGUAUUUAAAUAUUCGAAAUGAAAUUGAAGAGAAGCAGAAAAACGCAUUAGAUAUAUAUGAUGAAAUAUCUGAAUUGCGGAAGAAAAUAAUUGCCAGUGGUUUGAAGGAUCCCGGAAAAGUAGAAGGAAUUAAAUUGAUACCAGAUAAUUCGAAUAAAUGUCGUGAAAACGAAAACCUUCGUAAAGAGAGUGGAGAACAUGGUGCUUUUAUUAAUGCUUCUGUCACGAGAGAGUUUGCAUCGAUUUUAGAGAAUGAACUCAGAGAAUAUCCUAAAGAAUGUGUUAAUCUUUGUGAAGAGAUGAUUGAGAAAUACUCAGCACUUGUUGAGUGGACUAAUAACUUUUGUCGAGAUAAAUGUGAAUCUCCUGAAAUUAUAGAAAAGGUUGAUCAAUUUAAAAAUGUAAUUGAACACAUGAAAUUGAGACUAGAAGCCACGAAAAAAAUUUUAGAUGAUUCCAAUGGUAAUUUAAUUAGAAAAAUAAUUUUGAUGUGGGAUGAAAUAGAAGGGGCCCGAUUAAGAAUUCGAGAUUUAGAAACCAUAAGUGAUGAAGUGGUGAAUAACUUAAGAAUGAACUUAAAUAGUGAAGUGGAAAAAUUCAAUCAACUUCAAGAACAGAAAACUUUAGUAGAUAAUGAACUAAAGAAAACAAACACAAGAAUUCAGAAGUUAGAAGAAACAAUAGCGGCGAAUCACAACGAAAUGUAUAAAUAUCAAGAAUAUAUCAAAAGUUUAGAAUCACAACUAAAGCAAAAUGACAUAAACUUUGAGCGAGAAACAAGAGACUUACAUAAAAGUUUGAAAAAUUCCGAAGAAAUGAUAAUCAGCUUAGAAAGUCAACGAAACAAUCUUGAAUCAAGGCUAGUGGAGAUGAAAGAGAAUUUGGAUAAAAUAAAGAAUAAUGAUAUAGAAAAAGAAGUUAAUGUUAUAAAUCAAGAAUUAGUCAAACAUCAAAAUUUAAUUGCAAAACUCAAGGAAGAAAAAUUAUCUGUAGAAGAAGAUUUAAAAAAUAAAUUACAAAAAGAAAAAGAUUUAGUCAUAAAAUUAACAGAAGAUUAUGGUCGACUUCAAAAUGAACAUGAAUUCAUGGAAAAGAAAUUCAAGGAUUUAGAAGAUCAAAUUAUGGAGUUAAACAUUCAAAAUUCUCAGAAAGUACAAUUAUUUAGUUCUACGGAAUUUAUUAAACUAAAUGGUGACUAUGAGCAGGAAAUAGCUCUCUUUCAACGAAAAAAUAUGGAAUUAGAAACCGAUUUGAAUGCUGUAAAAAAUAAACUACAGCUUCAAGAGCAGACUCUACGAGAGCAACAUCAAAGAAUCCAAGUUCAAGAUGAAUUAAUUAGCUAUUUAACCAAAUCAGCAAACCACUCCAAUUUUAAAUCCAAUGCCAAUGUUCAGGAGUUGACUAAGGAAAUAGCUGCUAAGUCAGAAACAAUUAAAAUACUGACAGUGAAACUCGAGGAAAAAGAGAUCCAACUUACUCAUUUAGAAAAAUUAGUUAAGCAAAUGGAAGAUCAAGAGGGACGUUCGCAGGAACAAAGGACACGUUUAGAGAAACGAAUUGCACAAUUGGAAUUAACGUUAGAAGCAAAAAACAAUAAAGAUUAUCGGUAUGUCUUGGAUCGUUCAAACUCGUCAACCGAGGAAUGUGAAUUACCGCGACAUGCAGACUCGCCUUCUAAACAAACUCAUUCGUUAAAAAAACAAAAUUCCAAAACAUUUACAACAGUGCCUUCAUCUCUCUAUGAAUCAUUAUAUAAUUAUAAUAUUAAAUUAGUGAAAGAUGAAAUGGCAAAGUCUCUAGAGUUAGAAAAGAAAUAUAAAAAAUAUAAAAAUAAAUCUCGUUAUAUCGAAGGGUUCUACAAAUGGUUGAUUGAAUCUAAAGAAAUGAAUCGACAUUCUCAUACCUCUCGUUGCGAUAGCAGUCAUAACUCAGUCGUAAAUCCACGACAUGUUAUUGAUGUUGAUUCUUACGCUUAUCAAAUAGUUGAUCAAUGUGGCAGGGAGAUUGAAAGUUUAAAUUCCAACUUUAAAUAUAAAUCUUCGCAAUGUUGGAGUCAUUCCUCGAAGAAAAUGAAACAUAAUAAUAAAACGUUUUAUAAAGAUUCAUUUCCUUCACCUUAG